UGCACACUUCCUGAAUACAGCCCUCUGCCUGAACACGGAAUACUAGAGCCAAAGGCAGGAAAAAACUUUAUAAGUCAAACCCAAAAAGAGAAGAGUGCUGCUCAUUUAGGUGAACUCCCAGUGUUGCCGAUUAAUUGUAUCCUUGAAGAACUAUAAGCAAUGCCUCCACCUCGUGUGAACAAACCACCCCGGAAUGAACCCACCACGAAAGAUGAAAUGGGCUCUCUCACAAAGCCUAUAAAGUUCUUGGAUCAGGACUAUCUGGAAUUGCUCAAGAACUGCUUCAUCAAUAAACAGAGAUAUGUUGAUGAGAAGUUCCCUCCAGACAGCAGCUCCAUUGACCCACAGAUGACGCUUGAAUUAAAACAUGACCAAGUCAAGUGGUUGAGGCCAUCAAAAAUAGUGGCAGACCCUCAGCUCAUUGUAGAUGGGGUGUCCAGGUUUGACUAUUCCCAAGGAUCCUAUUUAGGGAACUGCUGGUUUCUUGCCUCAGUUGGGGCUUUAACCUUUCAGAGGGACAUUGUGGACCAGGUCAUGCCAACUAACCAGUCAUUCAGUAAAGAUUAUGCAGGGAUAUUUCACUUCAGAUUCUGGCGGUUUGGGAAAUGGUUUGAUGUUGUCAUUGAUGACAAACUGCCAACAAUCAAUGGCAAGCUAAUUUUUGUGCAUUCAAAAACAAAAAAUGAGUUUUGGCCUGCCUUGCUGGAGAAAGCUUAUGCAAAGGUGUGCGGCUCCUACGCUGACAUGAACGCUGGUUAUGUAUCUGAGGGCCUAAUGGACUUCACUGGUGGGGUGCACAUGUACUAUGAACUGAAAACAGCUCCCGAUGAUUUAUGGAACCUGAUGGACCGUGCAGUCAAUGCAAAGGCCCUGAUGGGCUGCGGCACUCCUCAAGGGGAAACAUCUGAAAACACUGUAUUACCUAAUGGCAUUGUUCAGGGUCAUGCGUAUACAGUGACAGGGGUUUUCAAGGUAACAUGCCAAAGAAAACCAGUAAAGCUGGUGAGAGUGUUAAACCCAUGGGGAAAGGGCGAGUGGAUUGGUGACUGGAGUGACAAAUCACCGUUGUGGAGCAAAGUGAGUAAAGAGGAUCAAUCCAGGUGUCGUUCUUUGGCCAAUGAUGGGGAGUUCUGGAUGUCAAUAGAGGAUUUCACCAAAAGCUUUGAAGACCUUGAUAUUUGUUGCCUCCACCCUGAUUUUCUGGAUGGUUCUUCUGAAUGCAACUGGACGUCUACAUGCUACAAUGGCAGCUGGGAUGCUGGGACCACAGCUGGUGGCUGCAUAAAAAAUAGAGACACUUUCUGGACCAACCCUCAGUUUCGGGUGAGGAUCAGUGAGGACUCUGCUACUGGGCAGUGCCCUGAAAACAUACUGGUGUCCUUGAUGCAGAAACAUGAGGAGAGACACAGAAGUCUUAAUUCUAACUAUGCCAUUGGCUUCUCUGUUUAUGCGAUACCUCCAGAGACAAAUGUUGAUGCAGGGAAGUCCUCAGCCAGGCUCUUCAAAAGCAGACGUCCUGUGGCAGAAAGUGGGACUUUUAUCUUUGCAAGGAAUGUUAUGAAAUUCUUCAAGCUUGAACCAGGAGAGUAUCUCAUUAUACCAUCCACUUACAAGCCUAAUGAAUGUGGAACAUUCAUACUAUCCAUCUUCACAAAGAGUAAAUCCAGAGAGAAAAAUGUGAUGACGUAUGUAUGAGGUCAUUAUCAAAGGCCAGUUUAAGACACUACUGCAAUACUGAGCUAUAAUCUAAGGUGAAAGGAAAAGUCUAAUUGAAUUGUUUCCACACUACAAACACAGUUUGCAUGUGCUGUAUUCAUUUUGUUUAUGCCUGUAUUCAACCUUUGUUAAUCCUGAUAAGGUUUUAUCGUAUUGGGGGUACAUUUCAUAAUGAUUGUCAAGAAGGUAUUCUGUCAUACUUCACUGCAAAAUCUAAAGAAAAUAAUAAAUUAGAUUUUGCAUAAAAAACACUAACCCUUCAUUAGGGACCAUUAAAAUGUUUGCAUUGCAACAUUAUUUUCAGGACAUUUUCCCCUUCUUUAUAUUCAAUGAUGAUUCUCAAUACAAUAAUACAAUAAUUUUUUCUAUCUGUUUUAUACAAAAUCAGCAUAAAUAAAAGGCAGUACAACCAUGAUGUAUAAAUACA